CCUCAUGGACACUGUGAGAAUAUGAAAUUGAAGUAUUUUGAAGUUUAUUCCCCGGACAACUGUCAGAUAGAAUGCCUAACGGAGUUAACCAUCCAAAAUUGUGGUUGUAGAUUACAGUCCAUGCCGUAUAACUCAGGUUACUAUUUCUGUUUUACGCCAACUUCCGCUAUUUUUCUCCUGUUCAAAACACAUGACCAAUGUUCCUGUUCCGUGGCCUGCUCUUUUAAAAUAUUCGACCCGACCCUGUCCUACUCCUCGCUGUCUAAAAUGGUACAAUCUCGACUUCUACAUGGAAUUGACCUCGACUCCUUGACCCGGAAAAGGAAUUUUCUGGUGGUUAAUUUAUAUUAUAAAGAAUUGAAUUACGAACAGAUAACACAGCAGAGAGCCUACGAUAUUAUAGCUUUAUUGUGUGAUAUUGGUGGGUCUAUGGGAUUGUUUAUCGGAGCUAGUGUUAUGACGAUGUUUGAAGUAAUAGACCUUCUUUCCAACAGCCUGGCUACACGAAUGUUAACAGUGAAUAAAACACCAACUAAAUCAAAUAUAUAA